AUGGAGGUGCCCAGCGUCAAGGACUUCCACUGGAAGAGCCUGGCGCCGCUGCCCAGCCGCCGGGUCUACUGCUCCCUGCUGGAGAGCGGGGGCCAGGUCUACGCCAUCGGGGGCUGUGACGACCACGGCGUCCCCACGGACUGCUUCGAAGUCUACUCCCCGGAGGCCGACCAGUGGACCUCCCUGCCCCCCCUGCCCACGGCCCGCGCCGGGGUGGCCGUCACCGCCCUGGGGAAGCGCAUCAUGGUGAUCGGGGGCGUGGGCACCAGCCAGCUGCCCCUGAAGGUCGUGGAGAUGUACAAUAUCGACGAGGGCAAGUGGAAGAAGAGGAGCACGCUGCGCGAGGCGGCCAUGGGCAUCUCGGUCACGGCCAAAGAUUACCGAGUAUAUGCUGCAGGCGGGAUGGGCCUGGACCUCCGUCCACACAACCACCUCCAACACUACGACAUGCUCAAGGACAUGUGGGUGUCACUGGCACCCAUGCCCACCCCAAGAUAUGCCGCCACCUCCUUCCUCCGAGGCUCCAAGAUCUACGUGCUGGGAGGACGACAGUCCAAGUAUGCGGUCAAUGCCUUUGAGGUCUUUGACAUCGAGACUCGCUCGUGGACCAAGUUCCCCAACAUUCCCUGCAAGCGGGCCUUCUCCAGCUUCGUGACCCUGGACAACCACUUGUAUAGCCUGGGAGGCCUGCGGCAGGGUCGGCUGUAUCGGCAACCCAAGUUCCUUCGGACGAUGGAUGUGUUUGACAUGGAGCAAGGGGGAUGGCUGAAGAUGGAGCGCUCCUUCUUCCUCAAGAAGAGACGAGCAGAUUUUGUGGCCGGCUCUCUGAGUGGCCGGAUUGUCGUGGCAGGGGGACUUGGGAACCAACCCACCGUCCUGGAGACGGCGGAAGCCUUCCACCCGGGGAAGAACAGAUGGGAGGUGCUCCCUGCCAUGCCCACCCCCCGCUGUGCCUGCUCCAGCAUCGUCAUCAAGAACUGCCUCCUGGCCGUGGGGGGCGUCACGCAGGGUCUGAGCGAUGCCGUCGAGGCCCUGUGCGUCUCUGACGCGUAGCCGUCCGCAGCCCAGCGUCUAUGCCCUGGACUCUUCUCCUCCACGGCUGACAAGGGAUGGUCUUGCUAAAGCAGUUGACCUAUAUUUCCUGGGGUGUCAGCUGCUCCUCACGGCCAGCAGGGCCAGCCUCUGGGGCUCUCAGUGACCUCCUUCCACCCCGAAGUACAGCCACUCCCGGAAGAGAGGAAGAGAAGCCUCCAGCAGCCCUCGCUGCAGCUGAGCCGUCUCUUGUGGACCGUCCUUGCGCAGUGCUCAGGCACAGAAAGGACACAGGAAUAUCCCACCCGUGCCCCUCCCUCCGGGAGGCAGGGAGGGACACCUCCCACUCAGAGGGGGGCUGCCAUGGUCCUCCCCCUGUUCUGAACAAGUGUGAGGGUCUCGGGAUAAACGGUGGGGAGCGAUGGGAGAGCCCCAAACCCUGUGUGUCUCUUUGACACCCCCCACCCCCGGUCCCUUCCACAUUCGAUGGUCCGCUGCGGGCCUGGCUGAGGCCUCACGGACCCAGCAGGAGCUGACUUGAAGCUCGGCCCCGCUGCAGAGGGAAGGAAGUCAGGGGACGCAGGGUCGCUCCAUGCCAGGAGCCAUGGCAGGAAGGACCGGGGCUGGGCAUGGGGUGACAGGGUAGGAAGCAGGGGCCCUGCGUCUGCUCCUGCAGCCCUUCCCCCUUUGCAUUUUGCCUUCUGCCACCUGCUCCCGCCAGAGGCCUGGCUCCUCUGUCCCCAGUGGCCCCCCCCCCCCCCGGAGUGUUCCUGUGUGAAACCUCAUCUACACUGUGGCAUCCAAAUCCACCAAGGAUGGAUUCAUAUGCACUCUGGUUAGUAGCAGCAGCACAAUGAUUAAACUCUAUAU